CGUUUCGACUCAGUACAACAUGCUUUAUCAGGUUUGGAUACCCUGGACCCUCCUGUUAGGAAGAAAAUAUCGUGGCCCCUGGAACCUCCUGUUUCUCAAUGUCUUGGGUGUUCCGUCCUUCUCACAGAUAAUAACGUCUGUUACGGCCGCACUAGUCCCUCACGUCCGCCUGGCAAGGACACAAGUUCUAGUAAGAAGGACGGAUCAGAGGAUAGGACGAAGACGACACAGGACGAUUGCUCUUGUAGAAAGGACAGACACAGCAAGGAUUCCAAAUAUGGGAAAAUCUACGCCGAAAAUGGACAGACAAGCGGGGAUGUCUACUCAGAAAUAGGACGGAAAAAACCUGAUUCUAAGGAGGCGGAUGGGUGUCCGGGGAUCAGAUCAGCUGAGAGCGCACUGCCCCGUCUCAUCUCCAGUCCGUCGUCUGCGCAUCAGUGUUGCGCUGUACUUCAAGAAGAGCAGUGCUGUAGUUAUAGUAAAGUUCGGCAGCCUCACUAUACAGUUGAGGGGCCGAAUCUUUCGUCACGAGGCGACAUACCCGUGAAAGUGCAAAAAGGGCAGCAUCGACAUUGUGUCGAGGGGCCCCAAUCUCAAUAUCAGUAUCAUUCCCUUUAUCAGGCUCAUCCCGAUGAUACAUCAAUGGAGGCGAACAGUUUAAGGCAGUUGUGGACUGGAGUUAGUGGAGUACCUGGCCUUGGAGUUUCAGUUCAUGUACCGACUCCACCUAAAUCUCUCCAGGAGUGGGAUAACCAUGCUAGCUCCAAUAUUUGGUCCAAGAACUCUAAACUGCGGCAGCUUGGCUCCACUGCUCCCAACACCUCAAACACCUCCAGUUACACGUCAACCUCCAGGAAUGGAGACACUUCGAUGAAACUGGAGCUACCAAGAGUUCUUAGUCCUAGGAGCAGCUCCUGUCAGAGUUCAGUUCGAAGCUCAGGGAGCUCCUUAUCUCAAGGAGUAUCCUCAGGGGGUUCAUCAGGAGGUUCUGGAGGAGGUUUAUCCGGAGGUUCAACCCAGUCCAACCGAAGUGAUAGUCUCCUAUCUAAACAUAGACCUGGAGAUAACCCAGGAAAAAAACAAUCAAUCAAUCAAUCUAGUCAGAAAUCCGUCCAGAAGUCCACAAAUGGAUGUGAUUGUGUGUGUACCUGUGGGGGCGAAGGCGAGGAAGAUCCGCCCACUAGAACCGCCGGCGGUAAUCGCCGUCAUCGUCGGGUGAUGUUUACAGAUGAGUGUAACUGUGAUGCGUGGGAUGAGGAUGAGGAUGAGGAGAAGGGUUGGGAUGAUGAGGGGAGAGGAGAAGGAUGUAGUGAGUGUGAGCAGCAGGAUCUACACUAUCAAUCUCCGAAGGAGGUUGAUGGAGAUUAUUCGUAUGCCUACAGUGAUAGUGUUUCCCCUGCUUUUCUGAUUCGAAUCAACGCGUCGUUGGAUUACAACGAGACGGAGAAUAUUUAUGAGGAAAUCAAUGAAACCAAGUCCGAGAAAACAAGCGGCGAUUCAAUUCGCGCCAUUUUCCGCCGAGCCAAGGAUACAGUCAAACGGAACAGUCGUAACUUGGACGAAUCGUCUUUUCACAUGAGUAUCAGUAAAGGACGAAAGCAGACGUUAAAAGAACGAAGUAAUGUUGACUGGGACGAUGACGAGGAUUCUGGUGGAUUAGCGGAUUUAAAAAAGACGAGUAAAGGAUUAUCAAACCUUAAGCUUGAUAUCGAGGAAAUAUUUCAACCUGUUCCUGUAGCUCCCUCAAGUGUUCCAUCAGGAGAAGAUACUCAAGAUGAUUCAGGGUUCCAUAGUGGAGGUCAAGAGGAGCCGAACAGAAGGAAAAAGUCUAAAAGUUUAAAAAAUCCUAAAAUUAACAGAUGUGAGUCUCUUGAUUUUAUAAAACCCGGCCAGGAUGUUAACGGCGGAGUGGAUGGCGGAGGCCGUGUUGGUGGCUGCGGAGAUCAGUUUAAACGCCGUUCCGCCAUUAUAGAACACUCCCAGCCACAGUCCCUUCCCGUGAUAUCUUCCUCAAACUCCCGCCAUCCUUCCCCCUCCCUUCCUCCCCUCCCUUCCCUUCCCACACUCCCUGCCCUCCCCCCGCCUCCACCUCAAGUUAGAAAGAAGAGUUAUCUAAGUAGAUUCGCGAACCUUCCCUUUAUCAAAGGAAAUCAACAACAUCCACAACAACAUCCACCACAACCCGUGCAACAACAUCUUUUUAACGGGUACAACGCUCAUACAAUGUACAACAGUGCACAUAUCUUCGGUCCACAGCAGUACAGUUCCCAACAGCAGUACAAUACACAGCACUACGGAGCGAAUAAUAAUUUAGAAAAAUAUGAAAAAGAUCCGGGAAGAACUUUUUAUUUGUGAAGUUCUGCAAAACUGUGAAUUUUCUUUAAAUUUAUUAAUGGAGGAUUUUCUGUAAGAAAAGAUUGAUAAAUUGAUUAAUUGCCAAGUUUAUCAAUUAAAAAAAGUAUUAAAUAAAUAAAUUAAACUGUGCCAUACAACACUUUAUAGUCAAUAUGUUAGUCCAGGGUGUCCCAUUAAUUUUAAUUAUUUUUUAAAAUACAGCAAGGGCCAAGGACCAUGUUUUAGAAUAGUGAUGUCGAUGUCAAAUAAAAAAUUCACAUCUAAUUUAUUAUAAUCGACAUUAAUUUUCUAAAGAUCGCGGUUCUUAUUGUAUGAAAAAAAAACAUUUUUUGGGAUAUCUUUAUGAGUUUUAAUAACAAUCAACAAGAAGAUAUGACACAGAAUUAAAAUAUUUUGAAAAAGUAAAAUAAUAAAUAUUUAUUUUUG